GAGAGGUGGGGAGCGCUGGGCUGGCCCAGGCGGGACCGGGGGACCGCGCGCCCGUGCGUGUGUGCGCGCGCGCCUCUGCACCGCGUUGAAAUGCCCUGCACGUCGGGGCAGCAGGACAGAGCCGAGGACGCGCGCGGAGCCUCCCAGGGUCCUGCUCUUGGGACAGCAGCCAUGACGGAGAACUCGGACAAAGUGCCCAUCGCCCUGGUGGGGCCCGACGACGUUGAGUUUUGCAGCCCCCCGGCAUACGCCACGGUGACAGUGAAGCCCUCCAGCCCCGCGAGGCUGCUCAAGGUCGGAGCCCUAGUCCUCAUUUCGGGCGCAGUGCUGCUGCUCUUCGGAGCCAUCGGGGCCUUUUAUUUUUGGAAGGGGGGCGACAAUCACAUUUACAAUGUCCAUUAUACCAUGAGCAUCAAUGGGAAAUUACAAGAUGGGUCAAUGGAAAUAGAUGCUGGGAACAACGUGGAGACCUUUAAAAUGGGAAACGGAGCCGAAGAGGCGAUUGAAGUUAAUGAUUUCCAGAAUGGCAUCACAGGAAUCCGCUUUGCUGGAGGAGAGAAGUGCUACAUCAAAGCCCAGGUGAAGGCUCGUGUUCCUGAGGUGGGCGCCGAGACCAAGCAAAGCAUCUCCUCCAAACUGGAAGGCAAGAUCAUGCCAGUUAGAUAUGAAGAAAAUUCUCUCAUCUGGGUGGCAGUAGACCAGCCUGUGAAGGACAGCAGCUUCUUGAGCUCUAAAGUCUUAGAACUCUGUGGCGACCUUCCCAUUUUCUGGCUUAAACCAACCGACCCGAAAGAAAUCCAGAGAGAAAGAAGAGAACUGGUAAGAAAAAUUGUCACCACGACGACCACAAGAAGACUACGCAGUGGACCACGGGACCAGCCAGGUCCUGGAAGACCGAGUAAUGAAACCAGACCCAGUCUUCAAGAGGAUUCAGAACCCUUCAAUCCAGACAACCCUUACCACCAGGAAGGGGAAGGCAUGACGUUCGACCCUCGACUGGAUCAUGAGGGCAUCUGCUGUAUAGAGUGCAGGCGGAGCUACACCCACUGCCAGAAGAUCUGUGAGCCCCUGGGGGGCUAUAAUCCGUGGCCUUACAACUACCAAGGCUGCCGGUCAGCCUGCAGAGUCGUCAUGCCGUGUAGCUGGUGGGUGGCCCGCAUCUUGGGCAUGGUGUGAUGUCACUUCACCUACCAGGUACCAUAAAGUAAGAAUUCACUCCAGAGGCAACCAAAGUUUGAGGCAUUGUGAUGCUGAAGGGACCACAAGGUGUUUCAUGGUCCACCCGAGCGAUGUUAUUUGAGACACUUAACAGAAUAUUGUCAACCGCUUUACAGAACUUUACUCAGAAUUGCACGUGUACUGAAAGGGUAGUUUUAAGUCUAAAAAAUACCAUUAUCCUUUUAUUACUUGCUAUUUUUUAUUUGCUUUUCUUUGCCAGUAAGGCCUACCUAUAAGAAAGACUUCCUUACCAAGCUUUUCUGGGAUUAUCAUGAAAUAUUUACUUACAAUUUGUCAAAGACCUCACCUGGACAUUUGAGUUCCUUUUAAAUCAAGUUACUGACUAAAACAACUGUUUUCUGUUGUUAUUUGUACGGAAUUCCUAAUUGUUCUUAAACUUUAUUGUUCUUUCCCAGUCCUGCAGAUCUGCCCCCUGGGUUCCCAGAUAAAGCACAAAAAAGGAAAACAAGACACAUGAUGAAAUGCUUUAUCUGUAGUAUAUGCUGGCAUGUCAUUAACAAGUGGCUGCCCUGUGAAGAGUCACCCUCAAGAAGAGAGCAUCAGGAUAAAGCAGGAAAACGUAGUUGAGGGUAAAUCAGUCUUUGACAUUCUGAAAACCAGGUCUUCCCACCCUUUCAAUGUGGUCACUGGGCAUGAAGAAGCAGAGUGAUUUCUUUGUCGUACACAUCAGGCUGCUGAUGAACCAAUUACCAGUAACUUCCUCUCCUAGUAACAGGGCUGGCAGUGCUGCUUGACAGAUACUGCUGAGGAAGGGCUUAUGUAUAAUGACAUAUAAACAAUCUCAGGAACAAGUACUGUCUUUAGCAACUGCAAUAUUAGAUCAGGAAGAUGAGCAGGUACUUCAUAUUUUUGACAUUUUAGUUUUGAAUCUUAUACUUUAAGAGAAUGUCUCUAAGGAAAACAAAAAAUUUUCCAAACACAGACUCAGAGAGAUGAAAAGUCUUGACACCAUGACACUCCCAUAGUCUAAAUACAGCUCAGUAAUGUAUAUCUAGUGUUGCCAAUUUAAGUCUGUAAAGUCAUAUAGAAAUUUUUUUUUUGUCUUUUCUUUUAGGGCCACACCCGUGGCAUAUGGAAGUUCCCAGGCUAGGGGUCUACCUGGAGCUACUGCUGCCGGCCUACGCCACAGCCACAGCCACAACAGAAACAAGCCAUGUCUGCAACCUACACACAGCUCACGACAACGCUGGAUCCUUAACCCACUGAGCGAGGCCAAGGAUCGAACCUGCAGCCUCAUGGUUCCUAGUUGGGUGCAUUUCUGCUGUGCCAAGACAGGAACUCCCAUAUGGAAUUUUUAACUUAGUCGUCAGAUGAACACUUGUGUGCCUAUGUUUAAUGUCAUGUUCAGCAAGCUAGGUCUCUGGAGCAAAAAGGGCUGAAGGAAGAGACACAGUGAGUUACAUGUCAUGGUCACACUGUUUGCCAGCAGCAGCAACUUGCUGCAGUUGUAGAUUUUACACAUUUCGUCUUCAAAAUGGUUCUCUAGUAACUACACAAGUGCCAAGCAUUCUGCACACCAUCCCCCAUCUCGCCACCCAGCAACCUCUACUUGUUUCUAAAAAUAAAAGGGGAAAAAAAAAAUAGACUGAGUCAGUGACCCCACCACAGAAGAGCUUGUGUCUCACGAGGGCUAACUGGGAUUGAGGACACCAGAGACCUUGACAAAGACGGGAGCACUCGGCUUCUUAGAGAAAGAGAAUGCCUUCCACUGUGUCUUCUACGAUGAGGAGUUAGCCGGGCGGUGAGAGAGGAAGGGCACUCGAGGCAGAGGGAGCAGUUCAAGUACAGGUGUGAAGGUGCGAGGUCCAAGCAGGGACACUGCCCUCGGGCUGAGGCGGAGGCAGUAGCAAGACAGAAACGUACUCAUAUUACAUGUUCACUUGGAACUCACUUGGUGGAAAAGGAAUAGGAAACCAAUGAAAGGUUUCGGGCAAAGGGAGGGCUGGUAAAGGUUCCAUUUUAGAUGGAUCACCUUGGUAGCCUGUCCACGUGAGAACUGAGGAGGUGCCAAACUCAGCAAGGAGGACAGCGUGUCGAAAGCGAAGGCAGGCUGCCUCUUGCAAAGGUGCUCCCUUUUCAAAGCACCAGAAUUAGAUGAAAUAUUACGCAGGUGGAUAACUUACUUGAUAAUGGAUAAUGGAAUUAUGCUGUGUUAGGAGAAAUCACUCAACACCCAGGGACAUCACCUUAACAGAAAAAAAUAAAAUUGAUGUUUUAAGAGCAGAGAGGAACCUGAUAUUGGAUAAUGACAAAAUAGACUCAAAUUGUGUUCAAGGAAGAAAACUACAGGUCUACUUUGAAAGAAAAAAAAACCAAGUGCACAAAGGAGGAACAUUUGGCAAUGGAAGAGAGGACACCGCAUGAUCCAAACCUCUCUCGAACCGGUCCUAAUCCCUAGGUGACCUUUAACCAGGCCAGUCCAAAAGCUGCAAGUGCUGCCAGUUUAAGUGCUGCCCAGUCCGCUGUGCUGAACGUGGCUUGUCCUUUAAUUCUCGGUGCUGGUACAGCCAAACCUUAUGGACAUGAGAGGUUCACUUUCAAGGUCCUACGGUCCUAGUUUGCCUCAGUCGUCUGAGAUGUGAUAGUCACUGUUGUGGCAACAUGCGGAGAAAGUGAAUUGUUCUUGCUGGGUUUCAGUCAGUAUCUGUUAUGUUCUAAGUUAUAUAAACAUACCUCAUUGAAAUAUGCCAACAAACUUCCAUUCCAAUUUGAAAAACUUGUUUUAACCUCAUCCUUAUACCUCCUUUCCCACCGCCAGCUCAAAUAAUCGUUGCCACUAAAAAAAGACACUAAACACAUUCAGAAUAAUCACUUAACCCACUGGACAGUUGUUCUUACACCAGAUUUUAUUAUACUCCGAAAUACAAGCUACAUGUUUACAAAAUAGAAAUUCCUUGUCUUAAGUGGGGUAUUUAAUUUUUAUUUCUGUAUAAGCUGAAUAUGCUAGCUUGUUUUAUGAACAUUCAUUGUAUAGAAAUGGUCACAAUUUUUAAAGUGAACUAAUUUAUUGAGGGGGAAAGAGAGCGCACUGACAAGAAUCAACAUGCAUAGAUAUUCCUAGUAGCGCAUGUGAACAGAAAGGUGUAAAUCUGGGAGUCAAUGCAAACUUGAGCGAAAACAUUUUACAGGCAGAGUGAGUUUUGGUAUCUAUGAAAGAAAGCUGAACUUCUUUAAAAAGGGCUUUUGUACAUAUAUGCAUGCUCAUAUUUCAUAUGCAUAUACAGGUUUCACCUUGAAAAAGCCCAAUAUAUUAGAAUCAAAUUUACAAAACAGUUAGUGUUGACUGACUGACAACAAUAAAAGGACUCACCACAGGCUUUAUUUAAACUGCUUAUAUUCAAAAGCAAUCAAUUUACAUACAAUUUUUAGGUUCUUACUGUGUAAAGGUAAGUGUAUAUACAUGUGUAUGUAUGUAUGUAUACACACACACACAUAUACACACACACAUUUACACAUGUAUGACCUAACCUAGCAAACAGCUGGUGCUAUUUUCUAAGGUGUUUGGUUUACUGAACCUUUACCAAGUCUUAAAUAGUUUUAAAAUCACAUAUACAGGAGUCAGUGUUAUUACAUUUAUAAGUUAUCACCAUGGAGUGAUAAAAAAUCAGUGAUAGGUGUAAACAGCAUACUCACAAGCUAUAAAUAUAAGUCCCUAAGUUAAAACACCAAAUUAUUAAGAACUAUUUGUUUUAAGAGGUAUAUACCACUAAGUUCCUCUGUGAGUUUAUUGUCAUAUUCCUCUUCUAUUUGUGUCUGCUGCUUUACAAAAAUUCGCUUCAUAUCGAAUUCCUAUAAUCGAAUCAACCUGCUUUUUCUCAUCUGUAAUAUGGCUACAAAAAUUUUAAUAGCAACAAAUGAGAUAGCUUAGAAGAAAUAACCUCUAUGUACUUUUUCUUGAAACUAGCACUAUAUUUACAAAUUUACUUAAAGUAACUUUAAAAAAAACUCAACAUGAUUUCUGCAGCCUCCCGUCCUUCAGCCCUCCAAGGUGUGAAUUAUUUAAUUACUAAAAAUUUUCCUUUCAACUGCCUACACUCCUUUAAUCUAGACUUUUAGCCAUUUUUUUUUAUAGUGAGCUUACUUUAUACUGACAUAGUCAAAGACCUGGAAUAAACUUAGCAGGCAUCAACUUCCUCUUAGCAGGACAUAAUGCUUUUGACGGCCAAGUGGUUUCCUUCUAAUUAAAGCCAUGUUCCUGCCUAUUAGUUACUAGGGAACUACACAAUUAUGAAGUGGGAAAGAUUUCCCCUCCAUAAACAUCUUCCUCACACACAUUCUCUCGACCUAAUCCACCAGCACCAUAA